AUGUCCUCUAUAACGGCAUUCCUGGAAAGACCCGCUAUAAACCUAGGUUCUUAUUCACUUCCUAGCUAUUGUGAUAUUGCGUAUCUGAGCGUGAAAGGAGGUAAGAAAACACGCAAUUCGUAUCGGGGUACAAGUAUCACCGAAUGCAAUAAUCUAAAGUAUACACCAAAAUUACAGAAAUACGUUUCUAAAUCCGUACUGCGAAAUUUGUGA